UUGUCUAAUUUGUGUCAGUUUAGGGGUCCUUCAUGUGAAAAGGUUUGAGAACCACGGCUCUACACCAUAGGACAUAUUCUAUCCUUUGACCCUUGACCUGAAUAAGAAAAAAACUCCCCCACAAAAGCUCUUUUAGAAUUGAGACUACUCUCCACCUGUCGAAUUCAUACUCCAAAAUGUUGUUAAAGUCUGUCAGAACUGUUGCUUCUUCACGGUCUGUUGAUGAUGUUAAUUCAUUUGUUGAACGUCGUAAACUAAAAUUCUGUCUAAAUCUUACACAUUGUACCUUUUAAGGGGGAAAACCUUGGAAGAGCAACGGCGUAGGGAUCACUCUACCCGGAAGUACAGACAUGCAAUAGCAAUAAGUUGUCAUUUCCAGUGCGUCAAAUACUGACGCUUUGAGAAAGCCUGACAAAGCUUCGGUAUUUGAUAUACAGGGUAGCCUACACUUCAGUGUCUAUAUAAAACUCUAUUUGAUAUGUGGUAUUCAGCAUCAAUUGAAAACUCCAUUAGGUUAACUAAAAGUUUGUGCUUUGGGAUGAAACAAGCACUUAUUACUUGACGGUGGAUGGGUUACAUUGAAGUUACUUGAAAGCCAAGGGCAUCAUACAGACGCUGAAUCAUGCCUUUUGUAUCAAAGACGCUUUGUCAGACCUACUCAAAGUGUUGGUAUUUCACGCCCUGGGAUGAGACCAGACUGGCAAUAGGUGUGCAUAGACCAACACAAUAAAAUCACUGUAUGGAAAAUCGGGAUUGACAAAACAAUUUAACAUGUGCUCCCUUUCCCAAUAAUCCCAUUAAUUUGUUUUGAAUCUUGUAGAAAUUCAUCUGAACAGUUUUUUAAUCGCGUGGUUUGAUCAGACUGUCAGUGUAAAGAUAGUUUUAACUGAAAACAGCAGAGUAGGCGUGGGGCAUGUUUGUACAAAACAAACUGGUUACCAGGAAACAGACACCAUGCUGCAGGUGAUGACUGCUUUAUUUAGCCUAUCUGUCAAUAAUUAACCUGUUAUAACCUGUUUUAUCAUAGUAACUACUCUAAACAUAAACGCAUUAGCCUAACUGGGUUUUUUUGACACACACUGCACUUAUUUGUAGUAGUAAUUGGAGUUUGGGUACAGCGAUUUGAUAAUUUUUGCGAAUUUUUCUUUACUCUUUUUGUUACAACUUACACCGUGUUGUACCAGGACGUACAGACAAGCAAUAGCAACAAGUCAUUCCAGUGUGUCAAAUACUGACGCUUUGAGAAAGCCUGACAAAGCGGCGGUAUUUGAGGUACAAGGUCCUACUCUUCAGUAUCUGUAUAAAACUCUUUUUUGAUAUGUGGUCUUCAGCAUCCAUUUGAAAUACUUUUAGGUUUAGGAAAAGUUUGUGGUUUUGGGAUGAAAUAAGCACUUAUUAUGUGACGGUGGAUGGGUUACAUUGAAGUUACUUGAAAGCCAAGGGUGUCUCAUAUGGACGUUGAAGCAUACCUUUUGUAUCAAAUACAGACGCUUUGUCAGGCUUUCUCAAAGUGUUGGUAUUUCACGCCCUGGGAAGAGACCUGACUGGCAAUAGGUAUGCAACAGACACCAUAAUUAACCAGGUUGACACUUCAUAGCUCAGAAUACGAACACAUUAACUGUUUUCUUGACACACACUGACACGUGAGAUACGGCACUUAUUUUUUAGUUGUACUUGGAGUUUGGGGACAGGCAGGUGAUCAAUUUUUGCAAUUAAUUCUUUACUCUUAUUGUUACAACUUACCCCGGUAGUGGGGCCUGUUGUAAGCAUGGAACUUGUUGUAUUUGACAUUGCUAUUUUAUAUAUUUAUUUAUUACACUACACACACACACACAGGCUUUUAAACACUAACUUUCAAUGCAGAGAAAUAUAAGGAUGUUAAUAAUUACACCCUAAUCCACACUUUGCUGUUCAAAAAGUCCUACAUGCUGACUGUGCGGAAGCAUAAAAACAUAAUAUGCAAGUAAAGUAAGAGGUGUAGGGAUCAAGAGGCUCCAAUCUGUCAUUUUCUGUCUUGUGUGUCCUGAUUACCUUCACAUCACCAAGGGUUUAAUUACUGCUGAGCAAACCACACAGAUGCCUCAUGGGGAGACUAGACAUGGAGACGAGUACAAUCAGGUCAGACGGAUCAAAAAACAGGAGACUGCCAGCGAGCCAAGCUCGUACUCGUAUAGCUACAGAAUAUUAAGGUAGGCCUAUAAACUAAACUGUGCACACAGAAGAGGGGGGAAGACACUCCAGCCAGGAUGAGAUCUGCACCAACAUGAGAGGAAAUAUGAACUGUGAGAGGGGAAGCGCCUGGGUCGGAGGUGGGCAUCAAAGUGUGCUCUGAUCAAAGGCGUGUCUGGUGGGUAAGUGGCUCUCUCUUCUUGGUGUGUAAUGAUGGAUCGCUGCCAGUUUCUCUCUGUAAAAAUCCUACUGAACCUGCUGGCCUGUACUGAUACAAGAGGGCUCAUUCAUUUAUACAGAGCAACCGUGUCAAUCAGAUCUUAGUUUCAAUAUUCACAACUUGUUUGUCAUUGUGAUUUUGGAGGAAUUCAGAAGGAUUACGGUUGGAGUAAAUCUAUAUUUUAACCUCUAUUGUUUGCCUUGAUUCUAUGAAUGUUGACUGUAAGAAAAGGUUUCAGGAUAUGUGUUGCCAUGCAGCAAUUCAAAGGAGACCCCAUCUGCUAGGCAACAAUCCCCCCAUGAGUGAACUAGGGUUGCCUUGUAAUUGUCCCAUGUGAGCAACAAACAGGGACAAAAAAGUGUUGGUAAAGAAAAGCAAAUCUAAUGCUUUGUUUCAAAGACUGGGAAUAGGGGGAAAGCUGGUUUUAAAGAUAAUAAAAAAAACACCUGCACCUCUAAAAUUCACUCCUUAUACCUUUUACAUUUUACUUCCACUUUACUUCCAGAGAGAGUUCGGAUAGCUGUUUCCUCCUGUUUAUAGACAGGAGACAAACAUCAAAAAACCCAAAAACCUUUAUUUGUCCCAUAGUGGGGGAAAUUGCUGUAAGCAAAGACAAGAGCAGAGAUAGAUAAGUGUACAAGUAGCAUAAACAAAAAGUGUCAAACAAAGAAGUACCGUUCUUACAGUAAAUAAAAACAAAGUUACUGUACGUUAAAUAAGACUAAAAUAGACCUUAUACAGUACAGUCUCCUGCGUCAUAAAUAAAUACUGGUAAUAUAAAAGUAUUGUAGAACGGCAAUGCACAUAAGUCAGAUAUAGCAAACUGUAUUAUACAAUAAUUGCACAUGAAUUAGUAAAAUUGCACUUAUGGAAAUUAUGCACAGAUGUAAUAAUGGCACAUGGGAUAUAUUGCACAGAGUCAACAGUGUUCGUUGUACAGUCUGACGGCCGCUGGAAGGAAAGAUCUGCGGUAUCUGUCCUUCACACAGCGGGGGUGGAGCAGCCUGUCACUGAAACUGCUCUCCAGGGCUGACAGGGUGUAGUGCAGGGGGUGUGACUCAUGGUCCAGCAUAGCUGUCAGUUUAGCCAGGACUCUUCUGUCUCCCACCUCCCUCACUAAGUCCAGAGGACAGCCCAGGACAAUGCUGGAUUUCUUGAUCACCUUGCCCGACUUUUUUCUGUCCCUCUCAGUGAUGCUGCUGCUCCAGCAGACCACAGCGUAGAGGAUGGCUGACGCCACCACAGAGUCAUAAAAAGUCUUUAGGAGGGGCCCUGUCACUCCAAAGGACCUCAGUCUCCUCAGGAAGUACAGACUGCUCUGACCCCUCUUGUACAGAGCAUCUGUGUUGUGAGUCCAGACCAGUUUGUCGUUCAGGUGAACACCCAGGCCUACUUAUAAGUGUCCACUCUCUCAGUGACCAUUCCCUGGAUAUUCACCGGAGGGGGGAGGGCAGACCGCCGUCUGCGAAAAUCGACCACCAUCUCCUUGGUCUUUCCCGCGUUGAUCAGGAGGUGAUUUCGCUGACACCAGUCCACAAAGUUCUGUGUCAGUACUCUGUACUCUGCAUCGUCAUCAUCAAUGAUGAGGCCGACAAUGGCAGAGUCGUCAGACAUGAGAAUGAUAUCGAUCUUCUCAUCUAACUCUUGACAAAAAAGAGCAAAUAGACUUCAACUGAAUAUUUGCCACUUAUACAAAUUUUUAAUGCGGCAAAAACCUUGACUACCUGGCUGAGCAGUUUACAUUUAUUCAGUGUCAAUUACCCUCAUUUCAAAUGGUCCUUAGUGUUAAAGGGCCACUCCAACAAUUUCGUGUUGCACUUCCAUGAAGUUUGAAGACUUAUGAAGGUAUAGAUCAAGCUACCUAAACAUUGGAUCCUACAUUUGCCACGAUGCCACUCAAUAGUGUUUGCCUAUAUGCUUUUUUCUUUUCAACUGUCAGUGUCUAACACAAGCUUGCCUCUAAAAAUUCUCAAAGCCAAUGACAUCACACUUUUGCCAUAUUUUGCCAUACUUUAGAAAGCUCCCCCAGAGCCACCGAAGAUACAACUGUUUUCACAGACUGAAUAAAACUCUGUAAAAUCAGUAAAAUCCGUCGAGGGCCACUUUAAAUGACUCAAAUAAAACAAAUCCAAGUGGAGAAAAAUGGACGUGCACGCACACAUGUGCACAUGCAGGAUGUAUCUUUACAGUGACUUAUUACUUCCUUUCACAGCUCUUCUGUUGCUUUGCUUUUUCAUUUCCCAAGUUCCUGGACGUGCUCUGAGCGUGGCGGCCAGCACACGCUACAUGGAACUGGAGUUAUUGUGAAUUUUAACAAUCUUCUGUUAAAGAUUAAUCCACAAGUCACAUCUUGCCGUCAUUGACCUCACAAGCACACUCCAUCCACUCCCUCUCCCUCCUACCAUGACAGGGGACAUUGUCCCAGCUCCCCAGCAAGGGGACCCAGCUGCUGCAGCACCAGGCCCCAGCAUCACCUCUGGGGAGCCUGUAGAUGUGGAGUGUCCCAUCUGCUACCAGGAGUACAACCAGUACAACAAAUGCCCUCGGAUGCUGGAUUGCCUCCAUGUUUUUUGCACUGAAUGCCUCCAGAGGAUCCAGCUCUGCCCCAGCGGGCGCCACCACAGCCCACCAGCCAUCCCCUGCCCCCUCUGCCGCCACCUCACCCCUCUGGAGACUGGGGAUGCCCUCUCCUUACCCUGCAAUUCCCGCAUCCUAGCCAGGCUGCCCCCCGUGGCCUUCCGCCUGCCUGUGGCCAUGGCAAGUCGCCAUGCCACCGUCACCCAGAGAGUGGUGCUCUCCCUGGAGGGCGACAGCAGGGACACCCGCUUCAUCAUCCUGCCCACCAUCAGCCUGCAGGUGCAACAGAUGCACCCGGACAGGCCGUACGGCGGGGCGCCAGGCCUGGUGGGGGAAGAGGAAGUCAUACAGCAGAGCAAGAAGACGCUGUUCUGUGUUCAGCUGCUGGCGGUCAUCUUCUGGGUGGUGUUUGUGAUCACCUGCAUGGUCGGGGUGGUGUUUGGGCCACAACUGUUGAACAGGCAUCUUUAACAGGAAACAUGGUUUAUCUCUUAACUCAGAUAUGUUAUUAAUACAAAGUCAUGAUAUAUAGUCAACAGGGAUGCACUGUAAAAAAAAGUAGGUUGACAAAACAAUUUGAGAAUAUAAAACAUUUUCAUUUAUAUUUUUAUGUAGAUUUCUUGACCACUGUGUUUGCUACUCACCCUGUAGUAAUGGGACCAACUCACAUUAUACUUUACUUGUAGAAUACCCCCACUUACACCAACCUUUACCAUAGACAUUUUGCCUUUACUCGCUACUGCUUAUUUGUUGCUCUUUCAUUAAUGAUAUAGACUGAUGAAGAGUUCCCUCUAGUGGUCUAUGUUGAAACAGAUGAGCUGAGAGCACAACUGUAAAUAAAAGGAUUAAAAACUAACAGUGCUUUCUCUCUGUGUGCCUGUUUGAUACUGUUAUAAUACAGCUAAUGACUGAAAAUGAAUAAAGCUGGCCUGCAUAACGCA